CUCCUGUCUCUGUUCAGACAUGUCACUCUACAGUUUUGGCCUGGAGCCGCUCUCCUGCCACGCCUGGAACAAAGACAGGACACAGAUUGCAGUGAGUCCCAACAACAAUGUGGUGAACAUAUAUGAGAAGAAAGGCAAAGACUGGGUCAAGAUCCAUGACCUGACUGAGCAUAGUGGACGAAUCACAGGCAUCGACUGGGCCCCAGAAUCCAACCGCAUUGUGACAUGUGCCUCUGACCGCAACGCCUACGUGUGGACUCUGAAGGAUGGCAUGUGGAAGCCUACCCUGGUGCUGGUGCGCAUCAACCGUGCAGCCACCUGUGUGAAGUGGUCACCACUGGAGAACAAGUUUGCCCUGGGCAGCGGGGCUCGCCUCAUCUCUGUCUGCUAUUUUGAGAAGGAGAAUGACUGGUGGCUGAGUAAGCACAUCAAGAAGCCCAUUCGCUCCACAGUCCUGAGUCUGAACUGGCAUCCCAACAACAUCCUGCUGGCAGCUGGGUCUGCAGACCUCUACUGCAGGGUCUUCUCAGCCUAUAUAAAGGACAUUGAAGACAAGCCUGGACCUACUGCCUGGGGGGCUAAGAUGCCUUUUGGGGAGGUGCUGCUAGAGCAUAAGGACUGUGGAGGUUGGGUGCACGGUGUCUCUUUCUCCCCCAGCGGAGACCAGUUGGCCUGGGUGGCCCACAACAGCAGCAUCGCAGUGGUUGAUGCCGCCCAGGGGAAGGAGGUAACCCAGCUGUCCACCGACCGUCUGCCACUGCUGAGCGUACUGUAUGUCAGCCCCACUGAGAUGGUUGCUGCGGGUCAUGACUGUUGUCCCUACCAGUACACCUAUAAAGGUCCAGGUGCUCUGGAGUUUGUAAAGAAGUUGGACAUCCCCAAGCAGAGCUCCAAGAGCAGCAUGUCAGCCAUGCAACACUUCCGCAACCUGGACAAGAGAGCCACUGAGGAGGACAGCAACGAGCUGGACACCCUUCACCAGAACAGCAUCACGCAGCUGUGUGUUGUAUCAGGGGAAAAAGCCAAAGUGGAGAAAUAUAGCAGUGUAGGUCUGGACGGAGCCAUGGUGAUCUGGGAUUUUAAGCAUUGAGACACAGAAGGUCGUCAGUCCUGGCCAGACAUCUGGUUGAACCGACCAAUGGAAGAUAAAUGCCAGUAAACCCAUGUGCAAUAAUAUGGAACUACUGAUGUGCUUUUGAAUAACUGGAAAACAAUGACAGCACAUGCUUUUAAAUAAAUAAUGAGGAUAUUUACUGGUCAGACAAUAUGUGGUCAUGUCUAGUUCUUUUUUCAUUUUCACUUAUUUACUGCAUAUGUGUAUUUCUGUGUUACUUUCUUUUUCUGCCUGCAUUUUACUGUCUCUACUGCUUCUAUUUUACUUCCUCUUAAAGCGUCACUCCACCAAUGUUACACAUCAGUUUACUCAUCUUGUAUAGUGAUACCAAGAGACUACCAGCCCAGGUCAAGUAGCACUUACAAGGGAGGGAGUCAGGCUCGCACUUUAGGCUGUACUAUUGUAAAACUACUCAACCUGAUGCCCCAGUUUGUCAGUCUAAGAAUUUAGGACCAUGAACAAAUCAUACUGUGAAAAUUAUUGUUACGCUAGUGCAUAUGCAUGAUCAGUGAGUGGAGAAUACAUAAGUUAAUAAGUCUGAAUGUUGUACUGUCCUGCAACUUGGGCUUGCAUUGGUGCAUAAAAUGUUUGCUCAUUUUCAAAUAGGCCAAAAUUAUAAGGACUAAAUAGACAUAACAUCUAAAUAUUUUAUUUGUGGAGCAGCGCUGAUAUGAGAAAAAAAUGAAGAACAUUGUGCAAUCACUGAAAAGUAAUUUAUAAUCCAAUUACCACCAAUCACCAAUAUGAAUAUGAAUUAAAGGACCAGUGUGUAAGAUUUAAGGGGAUCUACUGGCAAAGGAAUUUAAUAUUCAUAAGUAUGUUUUAAUUAGUGUAUAAUCACCUAAAACUGUGAAUUGUGUUUUUGUUAGCUUAGAAUGACCCUUCCCUUUAUAUCUACUUCAUAUCCUGCCCUCCUGUCUCACACACCCAGCUGCUAGCCCACUUUUUAGUAUUUUUCAAAAUGAUGCAGUGGCUGCAGUUAAGCUCAGACCUGGUGGUGAAGUUACACUUCAAUUAACAGGAAACUUUCCAGACAUGGUGUUAAAGAAUAGCACACUGUGUGUGUGUGUGUGUGUGUGUGUGUGUG